UUAUUUCUCGUUUUCCGCUCAGAAGUGUGUGAAUAGUUUGAACGCGGAAAAUUGGUAAAUGAUGGCAGCAAAUAAUUACUUUGGGUUUACCCAUGGUGGGACCCAAUAUGGCGCGGCAACAGCCAGCGCGGCUUACGGCGGCCAAACGGGGUACGCCGUGGCACCGGCUGCGACCGCCGCGACGUACGGGACCCAACGUGCCGCAGCAACAGGAUACGAUACUGCGUAUCAGGCGGCAGCGGCCACACAAGCGGCGCACGCGCACGCGCACGCGGCGGCAGCGGCCGCGUCGGCGUACGACGCCAGCAAGAGCGCGUACUACCAGCAGGCGGCGGCCGCCUACCCCGCCGCGCCGCCGCAGCAGCCCGCCUACGACGCGGCCGCCAAGCCCGCCUACUCCACGCCCGCCACCUACGCGCAGGGCGCGCGCGGCUCGGGCGGCGCCAAGGCGGCGUACGGCGGCGUGUACAGCGCGCCCGCGCCCGCCGCCUCCUACCCCUCGCAGCCCUACGCCGCGCCCGCGCCCGCCAAGCAGACGGCUAACAGGGGCACCUCUGCUUAUGAUACAGCUCUCUACAACGCGGCGACCAUGUAUGUGGCGCAGCAGAACAAGACGGGCGGCGGCGGCGGCUGGAAGAACUACAACAAGGGCGGCGCGGGCGCGGCGCUGGGCCGGCGGCCCAAGCCGCCGCCCAAGGCGCAGCAGCUGCACUACUGCGACGUGUGCCGCAUCUCGUGCGCCGGCCCGCAGACCUACAAGGAGCACCUGGAGGGGCAGAAGCACAAGAAGAAGGAGGCGGCCGUGAAGCUGGCGGGCAGCGGCGGCGGCGCGCGCGCGGCCGGCGCGUCGGCGCUGCGCUGCGAGCUGUGCGACGUCACGUGCACCGGCGCCGACGCCUACGCGGCGCACGUGCGCGGCAUCAAGCACCAGAAGGUGGUCAAGCUGCACACCAUGCUGGGCAAGCCCAUCCCCUCCACCGAGCCCACCAAGCUGCAGCCCGCCAAAAAGACCGUCGCCGGGGCGCCAAAGAUCGCCUUCGUGGCGUCCGGGGGCCUCAGCACAGUCUCGAGCGGCGACCUCCCGCCAGGCGACAAGGAGGAGGAGCGGGAGAGCGACGACGCCGAGCCCGAGGUGCAGCCCGUGGGGCAGGACUACAUCGAGGAGAUCCGCGGCGACGACGGCAAGGCGCUGUCCUUUAACUGCAAGCUGUGCGACUGCAAGUUCAACGACCCCAACGCCAAGGAGAUGCACAUGAAGGGCCGCCGCCACCGCCUGCAGUACAAGAAGAAGGUUCAACCAGACCUGGAAGUGAAAGUGAAACCGUCCAUGCACCAGCGUAAGCUGGCGGAGGCAAAGGCACAACGCAUGCUAGUACGUGACGAGCUGUGGGCACGGAGAAGGAUGCACGAUGUUCGUAUUAUUUAAACUGGAGCCGAAGAAGACGAACGAGUGUACUGGGAGGGUGCAGACUGGUGGCGCGGACCGCACCACCAUCACCACCAUGGCAUGGGCAUGGGCUAUGGUCCUGUGGGACGCCGGCCUGAGACGUCGGACGACCGGCAUGUACUCGCUAAGCACGUGGAUAUCUACCCUACGGAGCAGCAGCUACAAGAAAUUCAGCGUGUCGUCUCUCACACCGAGAAGGCGCUCAAAUCGCUCUCCGACGCACUCGCCGACAACGUCAAACCCAAGGGACAACCAGCGAAACCACCGGCGAAACCCGAUGAGAAGAAAGAGGAAAAACCUGAGGGAAAGGAGGAUGGCCGCGACAACCAAUUGUUCUCGUUCGUGGGCGAGGGCGAGGCGGCGGGCGGCUCGCCGGCGCGCGGGCCGGCGGCGCGCGCGCUCAAGGGCGUGAUGCGCGUGGGGCUGCUGGCCAAGGGGCUGCUGCUGCGCGGCGACCGCGACGUGCGCCUCGUGGUGCUGUGCCACGACCGCCCCACCGUCACGCUGCUCAAGCGCGUGGCCGCCGACCUGCCGCUGCACCUCGCGCGCGUCAAGGGGCCAGGCGAGGAGCCCAAGUACAAGGUGGAGCUGCUGCCGGCGGAGGGCGCCGUGUCGGUGUCGGACGGGUCCGUGAACGUGCUGGUGGGGCUCACGUCGGCCGUCAUGCGCGAGCCCGCCGAGGGUGGCGACAUAAAGCGAGACGACAAGGACGUGCUCCCGCGGCAGAAGUGUUUGGACGCGUUGGCCGCCCUUCGGCACGCCAAGUGGUUCCAGGCUAGGGCGGCCAGCCUGCAGUCCUGCGUCAUCAUCAUCCGCAUCAUGCGCGACCUCUGCCGCCGGAUUCCCAACUGGACGCCGCUCAAUCCAUACGCGAUGGAGCUGCUGGUGUCGGGCGUGAUGCAGUCGGCGGGCGGCGCGCUGUCGCCGGGCGAGGCGCUGCGGCGCGUCAUGGAGGCCGUGGCGGGCGGCCUGCUGCUGGACCACGGGCCCGGCCUGCGCGACCCCUGCGAGAAGGAGCUCGUCGAUGCCCUUGGUAAUUUACUGCCACAGCAACGAGAAGACUUGACAGCGUCGGCGCAACAAUUCCUGAGGCAAAUUGCGUUCAGACAGAUACAUAAGGUGUUGGACAUGGAGCCACUGCCCAAGGUGAAGCACGCGGCGGGCAGCUGGAAGUUCCCGCGCAAGCGCAGGCGCUCCAACACCGACCAGGACCCCGACACGCCCAACGGCGAAAACAAAGUAGUGAAGAAAGAAGAAAACUCUGAAUAGUAAACUAAACGCCGUAAGAAGAAUUAAUGUAUAAAAUAAAACCGAGUCUACCAAUCGUGUAGAAUUCUUAUUUAAAAAAAUAUUCAGAAAGCUGAAAAAUGUUUCUGGAGAGUUAUUUUCGAUAUGAAAAUAUACAAGAAUGUGUAUAUUUAUAUCAUUUUUAAGUGAGAUUACAUUGCAGUAAUAAGUUAGCACCUCGGCCCGCCGCGAGUCGUGGACGUAUAUUUUGUGUACGCGUUAUUUGUGUCACGCGCGCUGUUUAUUAUUUUUGUGACAAUGAUCGAUCUGUCCAGAACUACACUAGUAUAGUCCAGAGUUAAUAGUAGUAUUUUAAAAAUUACCUAGAGUUAGGAUAUAAUCUAUAUAUUGUAAUUAGUCGUACUUGUAUAAUUUGUAAGACGAUUGACAGGGAAAGGCGCGAAGCGUUGCUUCGGCGAGGUAUGGCUGGACGGUUAGAUAAGGAUUUUUUAAAUAUUUUUAGGGUCACAGUAUUUGACUUUAGGAUAUGUAGUUCCUCUGAGCCGACCGACGCCGGCUGACGCAUGUUAUUUUUAGUUAUUGAUAAUAUUUUGACUGUAUUAAAGUAAAAUGUAAAGUCUAUUUUACCUGUAGAUGUGUAUAGUUAUUGUGAGUAUCGUUUACGUGUUUGUUUAUUCAUACUUUGUGAUUAUUUUUUCUCUUUUCUCGUGAUUCAAAAUUAACUAUCGGUGUGAUGUUAUAAUUAUUUAAAACUCAAGGUUCAAAAGUAAUUAAAAUGAACCUUGUGAUGAUAGACAUAAAGAAACCAUGUAAGUUUUGUCUCCGUUUCUUCCAAUGGAGGAAAGGAAAAUCUUUUUUGUAUUUAUAACGUAAACCCACUUUUGAAUAUUAAUGUCAAUAAAGAAGAAAAAUUAA